AUGUCACAUACUUUUAUCAUACUGGAUGGGCAUCCUCAUGCAUUCAAUCCAACGACAAGAGCACCGCAUCAAGCAGAUCCAACACACCAAAUACCUCUUUUCCCGUUAUGGGCAAGCAUGGUGCAGAGCUCCAUUGAGUUCUGUCGCAUUGUAUGGGACAUUCAGUACACUCGUCCGUACCUGGUCAAUGUCCUGGUAGCCGGAGGAACUCCAGUUUUGGUAAAUGAUGCCACAAGACAAAGCAUACAAGCCUUGGAACAACAGUUUCCACAUGCUCAACCUCGGCAAACGUACGCACAUGACAGAAUGCAACCAAGCAUUGAGUUUGCAAUCAACACCUUUCUGGAGCACAACAAACACAGCACUGCAUUGAAGCGAUGUCGCAUCAUCCUUGUUACCGUUGCAAAGCAGCCCACGGAGAGAGCAUUCGAGUUUUACAACAAUCCAAAUGAUCCAGUGCGAGACGUGAGAGCCAUGGUCUACCAGGCAGUUGCAAGUGUGGAUCCCAGCCUUGACCACGUUCAAGUAGACGUACUGCGAUUGCUGCCUUGCGUUGCAUCAGCAGAAUACAGUAUCCCGCCCAACAUCCUGUCGAAACAGGUAUCUUCUCGAAUCACCAUGUCUAUCUACAACAUUCCAAACGGACAAGAGGACUUGAAACACGCAAUGCGUCACUUGGCACAACUGUAUUACAACAUCAACGUAUUGCAUAUAUCCAGCAUCCCCAUGAAGUCCGCAGAACAGGCACAAUCAACACACACAGUAACGCUGUAUUACCAAGCAAAUGGAUAUCAUUUGAUCAACCAACAAGACCCUCUCAGGAAUUUACUUUUGCAUGAUCCGGCCUACCUGAAAUACAGAGAAACAAAAUUAAUCUACUCCAAACGAAGCAAGAAGGCACUGGCAGGCAAGUGA